AUGUUUCUUUUUCUAUGCGAAGAGUUACUAACUGACCAAAGUUCUAUAUUGAAGAAUGCGUACAAGCAAAAUAUAAUAGAGUACUCUGCAAGUGGCUCAAGUUCGCAAAAUAUCAAUGGAACUAUCCAAAAAACAAAGCCAGAAUAUGCGUUUAAUCAAAUUGAAAAAGAUUAUGAUUGGUGUUCGAAUUGUGGGCAUUCCAGAAAAGAACAUCCAUAUCUAAUUUUACAUAUUAAAAAUCGUACAAUGAAUCUUCAAGGAUAUUAUCUUAAAAGCGGGUGUUCCAACAAGAUAGAAUGUUGUUGCUUCGAAGGCGUUUCAUAUUGUGCUGAAUGUUGUUUGUAUAGUUGGUCAUUCCAGAUUUCCAAUGAUAAUCUCACAUGGAAAACCAUUCAUAAGGUUGAAAAAGAUAAAGAAAUGAGAAGAGGAAAAGAAAAAACAUAUAAAUUCAGUGAAACGUAUAAUGCAAUUUAUGUAAGAUUAAUUCAAGACGAAGCUUGCCCAGGAGAUCCUCCUUGCUUAGCCUUAAACAAGAUAGAGCUCAUUGGAACAUAUGAUGGAAGCGAAAUCCUGCCAGAUUUUUUUGAUAAUGAAGAUGAUGAUGUUAGCAUCAUUGGCCACAUUUCUAAGAAUAUGCCUUGA